AUGGCAUCACCAACAUUGAUACUCGAUAUGGGUGGUGGAUCACUGAAAAUUGGAUUUUCUACAGAUCCUCAUCCCAAAAUUAUCGAUAAUUCCAUUUUUAAGUCGAAAACGCUUGGUGGUCGUACAUUCGUUGGAAAUGAAAUAGAACAAUGCAAUAAUUUGUCGAGUUUAUUUUGUGUCAUGCCAUUCAAAAAAGGCUAUAUUAACAACUGGGAGGUUCAAUGUCAAAUUUUGGACACAACUCUUAAAAGCAUAGUUAAAACAAACUCUCAAAAUUCUUUAUCCGAUCAUAAUCUAAUUGUUACUGAGCCAUAUUUCAACUUUUCAUCAACUAAAGAAGCUAUGAAUGAAAUCUUUUUUGAAGAUUAUCAAGUGGCUGGUUUGAUCCGCACAAAUCCUGCAUUUUUAAGCGCUUACAAAUAUAGAAGUGAAUCAGCUCAACGUCUUUCAAGAUAUUGUAUAGUUAUUGACUCUGGAUACUCAUUUACGCACAUUGUGCCCAUGGCUGAUGGAUUUGUUAUGAAAGAUUUCGUCAUACGGCUAACAGUAGGUGGGAAAAUUCUUACAAAUCGUUUGAUUGAAGCUGUAUCCUAUAGACAUUUGGAUGUUCGAAGUGAGAUAUAUAUAAUGAAUCAGUGCAAAGAAGAUGUAUGUUAUGUAUCCACUGACUUUUGGCAAGAUAUGAAGAUUUCUCGAUCGAACCAAAAAUCAAAUAGCAUUUUAAGAGAAUAUGUACUACCAAACUAUGUCGAUGUACACCGUGGAUAUGUUCGUGAUCCGAAUGCGGUGGCUUCUGAAAAUAGUGGUAAAGAUAAAUCAGAACAACGAGCUUCCAAUCUGUCACAGCAAGGAUAUGUAUUGCGUUUGAAUAAUGAGCGUUUUACAGUUCCUGAACUGAUUUUCUAUCCAUCUGAUGUGGGCUAUCAAGAAAUGGGGCUUACAGAAGCUAUCCAUUACUUAAUGAGUGAACGAUUACCGGCUGCAGUAAGGCCAGGAGCUUGGGCAAAUUUUAUGGUUAUGGGUGGUAAUGCAUGUUUUCCAGGAUUUGCUGAACGAUUACAAAGAGAUAUUCGUACUCAAGCACCUGAUGAUCUUCCAGUAAAUGUCUUUAAACCCCCUAAUCCUCAAACCUACGCUUGGGAAGGUGGUGUUUUGUUUUGUCAAAAUUCAGAUUCAUUCAAUCAUUUCUUAGUUACGCGCAAAGAAUAUGAAGAGCAAGGAUCUAGUUAUUGUGAAAAACGAUUCCCUAUUUCUUGA